AUGCCCGACGAGGAUUGGCGUGGUGAAAUUCAAGAAUACGCGCGCCUGCUAGACGCCGUUGCCAGCGGCGACAGAUCUCGCGUCGUCAAACACUUGACCGACUACAUCCUCGGCGGCAAAAAGGAGGGGAACCCAUCCUCGCAGGCCGGCGACGACGACCAAGACCAUGACCAUGGCGACGACCACAAGACGCAGGGAGAACAUGAACAAUACCCGGAGCAGGAAGAGGACAAUGGCUACGAAUACUACGAGGAGGACGUGUAUAACGAGUCGUAUGCCGCGGGAACAGAAUAUGCGGAUCAUGAAGGAAACUACACAGGGGAAGAGAACAAAGAACAUGAAUAUGAAGAAGACCAAUAUGAAUACGGCAAUGGCUAUGAUGAUGAGUAUCCUGCUGAGUACGAUCCCUCGACCGCAGCAGAGAACUACUAUGAAGAGCCCUACAUGUCUGGGGCAUACAAUGAGCCAAACAAUGGCGACGAGGCGUAUGAGGGAGACGAGUACGGCGAAUACAAUGGGGAUGACCCGUCUAGCUAUGGCAACGAGACAUAUGCAAUGGGCGAGGCCGAGAACACCAAUGCCGGCAGCUAUCCAAGGGGAGCCUACAACGGUCCCAACAGCAACAACUACGGGAAUCACCAAUAUACCGAUAGCCAAGAGUACGGCGAUGAGUAUUACGGUCAGGAAUACAACGACUGGGAUCCAGGUGCAGAGAACUAUCACUAUCACCAAGGCACAGACGGAGCAGGAGGUGAGUGGAAUGAUGAAGAGCCGGAUUACGGACUUGUCUCAGAUGACCAAAACCAGGAGGUCGUCGAUGAAGUCGCUCUUUACGACCUGGACGAUGAAUACCUCGACGAGGACCCGGACCAUCCACAUGACGAUUAUGCAGAUCUGGACGAGCAUGAUUAUCUGGAUGAGCAUGACUAUUGGGAAGAGCAUGAUGGCGCCGAUUUGGACCAUUAUGCAGAUCUGGAAGAGCACGACCAUCUGCAAGAACAUGAAGAGCAUCAAGAGCGUCAAGAUCCGGAAAAGAGUAAACCUCUGGAAGACCUUGCAUAUCCGGAUGACGACGACCAGCUCCCAAAUUACGAAGAACAAACCCAACUGCGCCAUCACCCCGAAGACAACCUCUUUUUCCUCCCCCCACCACCAAACGACGCGCUCCCCGGAUACUCUGAGAUCCCACGCUACGCCGCCAACCAAAGCCCCAAGAUACAGUACGUGCCAUACCGGCCGCCUCCUACGAGUCUGGGUGAGGAGCCAACAGAGAACAACGGGAAAAGCGGAGGAGCUGGGAUUCCCUCCAUCAGACGUGCGGGUACAACUACAUUCAACCCCCGAACUAGUGCUGAUCGAGUCGGGUCUGGGAAGGAAGACGAAGACGAGGAGGAAUGGGAAGACGAGACCUGCGAAGACGAGGACGAGAGCCUGCCACCGCCGCCGCCACUUUCUCCCAGGCACCCUGACAUCCAGUUUAACCCCUUGAGUCAGCAGUACAAAGGGGGAUUGCCUGCAGAGCAGAAACCAGAUCCUUUCCUAUACAUUCCCACCAUUGGAUCUGGCCAGGCUAGCGCCUUUUGGGAGCGGUAG